CAAUAUGUAGUUUUUGUGACGAAUGUGAAGUUUUCAGAACUAUUUCAAGAUGUUAGGAGAAAACAUUUUUAAAUUGCAAAAAUGAUAUUGAUAUUCAGCAAAACAGAUUUAGUAUAGAACAUUCUGGUACCAAUCUGCAUUGGAAAAUAAAGGAACCAUACACAUUAAUAUAAUAAUUUCGACUACUACUAUAGUUUCUAUAAAAGAAAAAAUGUUUUAUCGUCGAUCAAAGUAUUGAUUUCUACAGUCAUUUAAACUAAAAGGACCCCAUUUAAAACCAAUAACUGAAAGCAAUGGAGAAAGUUUUUACCAUGUUUUCAAAAAUUCCUAAAAAGCACCGUAAACAUUACAUCGAAGAAGAGAUGACUCCAUUUCUUAAUUCCAGUGAGGAAAUUGAAAAUGUUUCUAAAUCCUUUAAGUGUGCAUGCUUAGCGGCUGCAGUGGUGAUGGUAGCUAUAGCUGGAAUUGUCCUUCUUGUAAUAUUAAAGCCAAAAGAAGUUAUUAACCACAAAGUAUACAGAGGUGCUGUAGUAACAAAUUCGCCAGGAUGUUCUGAUAUUGGGGUAGAAAUCAUGACCAAAGGUGGAACGGUAGCCGAUGCUGCAAUAGCAACUCUAUUUUGUGAAUCUGUAGGUAGUCCUCAGUCGUUGAGUAUAGGAGCAGGGUUUUUAAUGACAAUUUACAAUAGAACCACAGGAGAAGUAAUCACAUUAAAUGCUAGGGAAGUAGCUCCCAUGAAGGCAACACAAGACAUGUUUGGAGGAAAUGCUAUAUUAGCAUCUAUUGGUGGUUUGGCAGUGGGAGUUCCAGGAGAACUUCGGGGAUAUUGGCAGCUAUAUCACAAACAUGGAGGGGGUGUUCCAUGGAAGGAUUUAGUACAACCUAGCAUUGACUUGUGUUUUAAUGGCAUAAAUGUUACCACAUAUAUUGAGAGUGCUUUAAAUAAAACACGAGUACUUAUUAAAAAUAAUACUUUGCUGUCAGAAAUAUUUAUUAAUCCGUUAACAAACGAAACUUACAAAGCAGGAGAGUUGUACAGAAGACCAAGACUGGGAAAAUUUUUAGAAAAGGUUGCAGAAGAAGGCGGUGAAGCGCUCCAUAAUGGAUCUUUCACAGAAAGUUUUGUUAAAGAUAUCCAAGACAAUGGUGGAAUUAUUACUGUAGAGGAUAUGCAUAAUUAUAGUCCAAGAUGGAGUGCAGCAAUCAAUACGCAGUUUAAAGACGGAAGGACGAUGCAUACACAUUCAUUACCAAGUUCAGGACCAAUAUUAACUUUAAUGUUAAAUGUGUGGGAUGGCUUUUUGGACAACAGCAAUCCAGAAUCUAUUGACAAUUAUCAAAAAAUGAUAGAAACGUUCAAAUUUGCUUACGCUAAAAGAACCCACCUAGGAGAUGAGAAUUUUGUUAAUGUUACCGAGGUGAUGGCUGACCUAACCUCAAAAGCCUUUGCCGAACAACUAAGAAAUAUGAUAAAUCUUACUGCCACCAGUUCAGAUAUUACAUAUUACGGAGCUAAUGCAACUGUUCCCCAGGAUCAAGGUACAGCAAAUUUAUGCUUUUUAGCUCCAAAUGGCGAUGCUAUCGUCGUUACCAGCACCAUUAAUGGCAUGCUUGGAGCAGGUUUUGUGUCGGAAAGUACAGGUAUUAUUUUAAAUAACCAGAUGGACGACUUUUCAUCACCUAAUAUUACCAAUGCCUAUGGAAUUCCGCCAUCACCUGCAAACUUCAUCGUACCCGGGAAACAACCGAUGUCCUCUAUGUGUCCAACCAUCAUAUUAGACCAAAAUGGUGAUGUUGAGCUGGCAAUUGGUGCCGCUGGCGGUUCCAAAAUUAUAACUGCUGUUGCUCAGAUGAUCGUAAGACAUUUAUGGUUUGAUAUGGAUAUAAAAGCGACGUCAGAUUUAGAAAGAUUUCAUCAUCAGUUAUGGCCUAUGCAAGUAGAUCUGGAACCAGAUUAUGAGACUAGAGCUCCCGAGAUUGAAGCUGGCUUGAAGAAAAUAGGCCACAACGUCACUUACAAUGAUGGACAGGGAUUCGCUGCAGCUACGUGUAUAUCAACACGAAAAGGGUCCGUUACAGGAGUUUGGGAUAGGCGGAGAUCUGGAACAGUGACAUAUCUGUGAUAACGUUCACAAUAUAAAUUAGUUAUUUGUGAAUCUAUUUAGAGAGGAGUGUAAAAGCUUUCUCGCAGGCGUAAUUUAUUGUUUAAAGUAUUAAAUAAAUUACGUAUUACAUAAUGUAUAAUACUGUACAGAAUAUAUUAUUAUAAGUAUUUAAAUAUUA